UGACCUUCGCCCUUUGGCCCCGCGCGGUGACCCGCCAAGAUGGCGCUGUCCAUGGCCGGCUGCCGCGGGGGGCUCUGGCGCCUCGGUCCCGGCCCCGCCGCCGGCCUGAGCCGCCCCCGGGGGCUGCCGGAGCCGCGCCUCGCCCGGAGGGCGCCGAGGUCCCCGCUCUGCUGCCUCUCCACGAAGGCCGGCUCCAGGUCUGUCCUUGCCGCCCUGGUAUCAAAAGCAAAGCGCAUCAACGGGAGGUACGAGAAGUUUUUGGAAAGGACCUUCCCCCGUUUCUAUGUGCUCUACGCAACUUUCACGAAAGGAAUCCAAGCGCUCUUCCUGGAAGUAAAAGAAAUAAGAAAAAUCAAAUUGAAAAUGUCCCAUCAGAGGCUGAGCGUUCAGCAGCUUCCCUACCGGGAGAUGGAGAGGCUGCGGCAGUUUCGCAGGGACGUGAUCAAGGCCAUUCCCAUCGGAGUUAUCGCCAUCCCACCCUUCGCCAACUUCUUGGUCAUUGUGCUGAUGUAUUUCUUCCCACGCCAGCUCCUGAUCCGCUACUUCUGGACCCCCAACCAGCAGGUUGAGUUCCUGGACGCCUACGAUGCCAUCCGGAGGGACUCGUAUCCAGAUGUGGUGGAGAGUUUAGCCCUGGCAGCGCGUUCCCUGCCCGAGCCACAGCUCCAAAAACGCCUGCAGGAGCUCUGCGCCGAGGUGCAGCGAGGUUCCCAGCCGCGCGUGGCCGAACUCUACGCUGUGAGAAGUUUGUUUUCGGGAUCUCCGCUGGGUCUGAACAAGCUCAAAGUGUCUCACGUGAAAGCCCUCAGCCAGGUCCUGUUUCUCACCACCCACUUGCCGGCCUUUUUCCUGCGGUAUCGCCUGCGGAGCCACGUCUUGGAGAUCCGGCAGCUGGACCGCGCCAUGCUGCGCCUGGGCUUGGGCCAGCUGUCCGAGGAGGAGCUGAAAGCGGCUUGUUACCUCCGCGGCCUGAACUCCACUCACCUCGGCAUGGCCGAGUGCAGAGCGUGGCUGGAGCAGUGGCUGGGGCUCUCCUGCAAGCUGCAAGCUUCCGAAGCUUCCCUCCUGGCGAACAGCAUGGUCCUGCUGUCCCUCAACUACGCCAGGGCCAAGGAGUGACGGCCGAGGCGCCGGCUGCGCACCCUCACCCCGGCACCGCGCGCCGACUUGGCGAUUCCCAGCCUGGUGCCGCAAAAAUAAGACCCGUCUUUUUGGUGAUGUGAAACCACGGCCCAGAGUCGGCGAGAGGGGCCCCGAUGCCGCCGCGGGCAAAGACCGCGAUUCCCUCCCUCCGGCACCGGAGGUUUGCGCCGGCGCCGGCUCUUCUCUUCCCCCUCCGUGCCGUCGGAGCGGGCUGGCGAUGCCACGGGGCUGAGCCCCGUCCCUGCCUUCCCUCCGUCGGCGUCCGAGGGAGGCGGCUUCGCUGUUACAGCUCUUAAACUGCGUCACUUUGACCACGGGAUGGGAGAAGGAGCGUCUCUGCUGCCUGUGGACACUUCCCUGAGUAUCUCGUAGUAGCGCGCUCUGUUCAGCUUGGGUUUUGCUGCUCUGUGCCUCGCACAGAGGGUUUUACUUAGUUUCUUUACUUCACCGAGCGGUCUUAAGUGUACAAACCUCCCUGAGGGGUCAAGCAAAGACCCCAAAUCCCCACACGACCUUACCGGGAGCCUCGGGCGGGUUCCUGUGCUUUUGUUGGGCUGCGGCUGCCUCCCGGUCACGGCCCCUCGCCCAGGCAGCCCUCGCCGCCGGCGCUGGCUGAUGGAGGGCGAUGGCCGGGGCUGGGAACACCGCUGCCGACACAAACGGGGUCGGAAAGGCGGCGCCGAACUGCGCUGCCGCCUUCAGCCGAGGCCGCGGGCUGCCUCCGACGAGUUCUGCCUAAUUAGAUCUUAGCCCUGCGCUUGCUGCUUGGCAGGGGCGGCUUCGGGGGCUCCAGCGGCAGCUCCCCGCUGCGGUGGGGGGUUAAAGCCCACCGUGUCUCGCCUCACCCGUCACUGCAUGAGAAAUGUCCGGCUGUGGAGUGAAUUCAAAUGGGCUUUAAGUGUUUUAUUAAAGGCGAAAGCGAG